GCAUUAUUGUGAGUUUGUGUUUUGUAGUUUUAUUAAAAUAUUUUGCGUUUGAGGGUAGCGUGUAGCGUCGUCAUGGCAGCUGUUUGUGCUUCUUUCUGUUGUGAUGUGCUGCUUUGAUCGGUGAUCGGCUGGUUUAAUGACUACUUUCGCCCGAUCUCACUGAAAACGAUACCCUCAGCGCUGCACAAGGCGGUCAUCAUGUUCAUUUACUUGAGCAAGAAGAUUGCCAUCCCCAACAACACAAGAAUUCAGUGUUUAGCGUGGAACAGAGAACAUGGUUACAUAGCUUGUGGGGGCGACAAUGGCCUGUUAAAGGUGCUGAAGUUAGAAACGGAAAAAGAUGGGAAAGUCAGGGGCCUCGCAGCUCCGAGCAACCUGUCUAUGAACCAGACACUGGAAGGACAUAGUGGAGUGGUGCAGGUUGUGGCUUGGAACUCACAGUUUCAGAAGCUAACAUCUAGUGAUCAGAAUGGACUCAUCAUAGUAUGGAUGCUCUACAAAGGAUCAUGGUAUGAAGAAAUGAUCAACAACAGAAACAAGUCACUUGUUCGGGGCAUGGCAUGGAAUGCUGAUGGUCAGAAGAUCUGCAUUGUGUAUGAUGAUGGUGCUGUGAUUGUUGGCUCGGUAGAUGGGAACCGUAUAUGGGGCAAGGAACUGAAGAACCUUCAUCUGCAUUUGGUGGAAUGGUCUCCCGAUGGAAAGUUCUUGUUGUUUGGAAUGCAGAAUGGCGAAGUUCAUGUUUACGAACAAGGCGGCAAUCCUGUGUCGAAGAUUCCGCUGCCACUUUUGCACGGUUCUGGUGGGACCAAGCUGAUCGGGGUGCACUGGUACAGCAGGUGUAUGCCUGAACCAGGCUGUCCUGUUCUGGCCAUAGGCUACGAUAAUGGGAAAGUUCAACUGAUGAGCAACGAAAGUGACGACUCUCCACUCGUCUUGGACACAGACAUGGUCGCCACGUGCCUUCAGUGGAACCACGAUGGGAGCAUGUUGGCUGUUACAGGGAAAAGCUACGGCUCUGAGAGUGAGAAAAGAAACAUGGUCAAGUUCUUCAACCCUUAUGGCCAGUACCUGCACACAUUGCGAGUUCCUGGCAAGGAGAUAACCGCCUGUGCUUGGGAAGGAAUGGGACUUCGCAUCGCCUUGGCCGUGGAUUCAUUUAUAUUCUUCGCCAACAUACGCCCUGAUUACAAGUGGUGCUUUUUGGCAAACACUGUGGCCUAUGCAUUCAACAAGACAGACCGCAUUGAAAGCACAGUGAUCUUCUGGAACACCAACACGAAUGAGAAAUAUGUAAAGUACAUAAAGAACCUGCAGAAGAUGUGUGCCAUGGGCGAAUUCUGUACAAUUGCCACUCGGGAAGAUGGAAACAGUCCAAAGUAUGCUCUGAUCGUGUGCAACUCCAUAGGGACACCAGUGGACAGCAUAACGACAGAAGUGGAGCCCCUGCACCUGUCUAUGACCGAAUCGCACGUGUUCGCUGCAUCCAGGGACCAGAUCUUUGUGUGGCGCUUUCAGACACCCAGAGGGCGCAGCGUGCUUGAGCUUUCUGGACAGCGCAGCAAGCCUGUGCUCGAGAGGGUCAUACAUAUCAAUGAGGCUCCCACGGAAGGAGAGAAUUCAGACGAUGUGGAUAAAAUUUAUGAAGUAAGUCCUCAACAUGCAAAAAAGAAGCAUCAGGUCAAUACAGACCCGAUAUGCUGCCUUGCUGCGUCGGAGAAAAUGUUCAUUGUGGGCCGAGAAUCAGGAACAUUUCAGCGCUACUCUAUGCCACAGCUGAUGCUUGUUCAGAAAUACACCAUCUCCUGUCGACCCAACAAAAUUGCACUAAACUGCACAUCGAGUCGAAUGUCAGUGAUAGACAUUACGGGCUGCUUACUCCUCUAUGACCUCGAGGCCAGGUCUUCGGAAGGAGAACAGCUAACCUUUGAACGCCGAGAUGUUUGGGACGUCAAGUGGGCAAAGGACAACUCUGAGCUGUUUGUGUUGAUGGAGAAGACUCGCAUGUAUGUCUUCCGGAACUUGGAUCCCGAGGAACCGGUCAUGUCAAGCGGAUACAUUUGCAGCUUUUCAAAUUUGGAGAUCAGAACAGUCCUGUUGGAUGAAAUCAUGCAAGAUCCAGAGAACCCACGUCAGGAGUUUGUGUGCAACAUGGAAGCAAAGUCCUUGAGAGAUUCUAGAGACCUCUUAGCCAAGGUGGGCAUAGAGGAGGCGACGCAGUUUAUUGAAGACAACUCCCACCCAAGACUGUGGCAACUUCUGGCUGAAGCGGCCCUGCAGAGAAUGGACUUUCAGACGGCAGAAACGGCAUUUGUGCGUUGCCGAGACUACCAGGGAAUUCAGUUUGUCAAACACAUAGCCACUUUGCCUAAUGAAGAUAUUCGCAAAGCAGAGGUCAAGGCAUAUUUCAAGCAGUUUGAUGAUGCAGAGAAAAUCUACCUGGAAAUCGACAGAAGGGAUCUGGCCGUGUCCCUACGUAAGAUGCUCGGAGACUGGUUCCGUGUUGUCCAACUCCUGAAAAGUGGCAACAGUGGCACAGAUGACAGGCAGCUCGAGGAAGCCUGGAAUGCAAUAGGGGACUACUACGCAGAUAGGCACAAGUGGGACAAUGCAAUCACAUACUACAAGCAAGGGCACAACCAUGGUCGCUUGGCUGAAGCUUAUUUUGCCAUGGAAGAUUACAACGGUCUGGAGAACCUCAUGAAGAGCCUGCCAGAGGGGCAGCCACUGCUGAGCGAUAUCGGCUCUAUGUUUGGAUCUGUCGGCAUGUGCAACCAGGCUGUUGAGGCAUAUAAGAAGUGCAACGAAGUGAAAGCUGCUAUCGACACAUGCGUGUCCCUCAAUGAGUGGAACACAGCAAUUGAGCUCGCCAAGGAGUUUAACGUACGGGAAAUCGACACACUCUUGGCUCAGUAUGCACGGCGCCUUCUGGACGAAGGGAAGAUUCUCAGUGCUGUUGAGCUAUACCGAAAAGCAAAUCGCUUUCGUGAUGCUGCCCAACUGAUGUUCAAGGUUGCGGCUGAGGAGUCCAAAAGGAACCACGCUCCAUCCGUUAUGAAGAAGAUAUAUGUGCUUGGGGCCACAUUGGUUGAAGAACAUCGCAUGUUGUCGCGUAAGACGUCUAGGACCACAGGAAGCACGAAAGGCACAAAAGAGGCUAGCCUGGCACUGAAUGCGCUGAUGUCCGAUGAUGCUAAGGGUGCCGUUUCAUUCCGGCCAUUGGACCAACCAUGGAGAGGUGCAGAGGCAUUUCAUUUUUACCUGCUUGCUCAGCGACAGCUCUACGAAGGUUUUGUUGAUGCUGCAAUGAGGACGGCUCUAAAUUUGAGGGAGUAUGAAGACAUCCUGGAUGGCUCUGAAAUAUAUGCACUUUUAGCUCUCACAAGCUGCGCAAAUCGUUCCUUUGGAACCUGCUCCAAGGCCUUUGCAAAGUUGGAGUCCUUGACUACUUUAACGGCCGACGAAAGGCAGGCGUUCCAACAGCUAGCAGUGGAUAUAUUUACCAAGCAUUCUAGAAACGACUCGAGGAAUGUGAAGAACGAAUGCCCAAACUGUGAAUCAGCUGUUUCAGAAUGGACAACCACCUGUUCGAGCUGUGGGGGCAAGCUCCCUGUCUGCAUUGCCACCAGCCGAGUGCUGAAAGACCCAAGCCAGCAGUGGACCUGUCCACUGUGUCGACACAGUGCUUACAAGCAGGAUGUCAUGCACCGGCACAGCUGUCCCUUGUGCCAUGCACCCAAGACAAAUGUCGCUUAGGACACUGUCCUAGCUGCCAAUUGCAAAUGCUUUCAGAGCGUGUUAUGUGAGAAAAAAACAGAGCUCCUUUGCAGCCAGUGGAUCCCACCUUGAAUAUCGAAACAUGCAGUGCAUGGGUUCGCCGUACGACCACCACACUACUGAUGCAAAUUUCAGGCUGAGUGGUGAAGUAACUUGGAAAUGCAACUUUCCCAUAAAUUCCAUACCCUGUAAACUAUUGUAGUCGGGUGUAACUUUUGCUGGCAAACCAAGUUUGGCAUUGGACAUGUUUGUAGAUUCAACUCCGUGCCUUGAACUACUACAUACCACAUUAAAGGGUAUUUUGAGCACGGUAAACACUUUUUGAGCAUGGCAAAAUAAACCUGUCUAGUUGCUAUAUAUACAGUGCUCUCAUGAACACCUGAGCCAAAUAUUGUUCCAAAUAUAUUAGACCUGAGCAUAGAAUUUAAAGCACUAAUGACACUCUUUAGUGCUUACUGCUGUGCUGUGACAAACACAACAGAUGUAAAUCAGAUUUCUUUAGACUUCACAAUUAGGAAGUGCGUGCCAGAAGGACCAAUGAUGGAGAAAUGUCAUGACUGACAAUACUGUGGGGGUAUGUGGUGGCAGAGAACAAUGACUCUGCUGAUAAAAUGGCCUCUGAGGUCAGGCAGCACAACGGACCGAUCUCAGAGGACAUGUUGAUACCAAAUACCAGCUUGAUGAUUGGUAAGGCAACAUGAGCAUCAUCCUCCAUUGGCAUGGCAGCACAGCUCUGGCUGCAAGUGAAAAUAAUAGAAAGACUGAAGGUGGGGAAGAGGCAGCACCUGAUUGCUCAUAACUAUCCUCAUGUGAGGUGCAUUCAUAAACUUUUUCAUUGGAAACGAUUUGUGACAUCACAUCCUUUAAUACCAGAACCAUUCAGCGACCUUUCUUGAAAGGUAUUGAGAGGCCCCUUUGAAUGUGAAGCAAAGUUUUAAGUGAAGCAAACCUUAUGAUUAUAAGCAUGCCACUGUCUUUUGAUGACCAUAUUUCAGAAUGAGGAGUGUUAUUGUAUGUUAAGGCAAUCCAGUUGUAAACACCAACUCCUAGUUUUAGGGUACGAGGUACGGAGAAAAGGGUUUGAUUACGUUCACAUUAAAAUAGUACCUUGUGCAAAAUAUCAGUUUCAAAGAAACUUUAAAGUGUAGUUGUAUGUGAUCUCCUGUUAUGAGCAGAUUAAUACAGUGGAAUCUCGCUGAUACGAUUCUGCAUAAUACGUUUUUUUGGGACAAUAUGUUUCCUUUUCUUUUUCUCAAUAAUACGAUCUGGUUGGAUAAUAUGUUAGAUGAUACGAUUUUUGGAUGAUAUGCUUUAUUUUCCAGUUCCCGUGAAGGUCGUAUCAACGAGAUUCCACUGUACUAUGUAUGUGGUUUGUUCCCUUCAAUGUUAAGCUCUGUGCUUGCCUAUUUGUGUGUGUGUUUAAACAAUAUUGUUGCACUGAAACUUGCUUGCUUUUUUUUUGUGUGCCUGUAACAUGUGCAGUUUUCUUAUGUCGUUGGUUUCGGGUCAUUUUUCACAGUGUUGCAAUAGGUAUUCGCACAGCAUUUAGCCACACUUUAGUGCCUCGCAUAUUUGAUAUCAAAUAUCAGAUAUGAUGACUUGUGGCCUGUAAUAUAGUACUAGUGCCUUUAAAAGUGAAUUGUAGUUACUUGUAACAGCGCGCUGCCUUUCUUCCAAGUCGUACAAUCUUUUUUGAGCCCGGUGCCUUGGUGAGUGAUCACAUUUUUCUCAUUGCUUUCUUUCUUCUUACUAGAGCUGUAUAGAAUGUUGUAGGAGCAAAAGAAUGUUUGGCCCAUGUUUUUCUGAGCACUCACCUUUUGACAGUUUCUUCUGCAACUGUAAAAUCAUCCGAGAAGAGAUAUCUUUUUCUUUUUUUGCCAUA